AUCGUCAUUAGUACCGGAACCAUCGCAUCCGCGACCCCUUCUUCGACUACUGGCUCUUCAGGCUCCAUUAACACCACUGCAGUCGUAGGUGGUAUCGCUGGCUGUCUCGUCGGUUUGGGUAUACUGGGAUUCCUCAUCAUGUGGUGCAUCCGCCGCAAACGCCAGUCUGAUGAAGACGAAUGGAGUGCUUCAGCCUUCAAACGUCAGUCUGCCAUCCUUGUGGAUGAUCCCGAACCAUCCUUUAACCCCCGGCCACCGACCAUGAUUGAACGUCACAACGCAUCCCCCGCCAUCAACGCUCAGCACAACUAUCAGAACUAUUACGGUGGUUAUGGUCAACAAGCUACCUACAGUGAUACCUUACAUCCUCAGAUGGCGAUGCCGCAUGCCCCUCACGGUGACCAUAGUCACCUCACCAGGCAACCGUCCAGCGCGGCAUACCUAUCUCGUCAACCAUCUGCUGCAGGAUACCCCAUACCUAACGAUCCCCAGGCUCACUAUGUUAAUCUCGAUCGUUCCAGCGUAACUCCGUUCCAGGCUGCCCAAUAUGCCGAUAUAUCCCGCCAGCUGGGCAGUGACCUACAUUCCACUAUGGUUCCACCUCAGCCAUCAGAAUCUUCAUUGCCUAGCCCCUUUGACGAUGAAGCAGCGGAAGAAACAUAUCCCACGCAUGAUGCUGCGCCUCGUGCACCGUCACCCGCUCACGUUGACGAUCCUUUUGCUGCCGCUAGUACGGCGUCUACACCUGAGCCGGUCCCAGCGUCCCGCAGGCGAGACAUCUCCAAUGCCCAGCGGCCCGAUACCGUAUACACCGUGUACGAAGAAGGCGAUGCCUAUGAUGGUAUCUAAACGCCGCCCCAAUCGAAUCCAACUCUAUUUAUUCAUGUUCCUGCUUUCUACUUCCCUUAUAUUUCUCUGUGCAUGCAGGCCUGCCAGUGUUUAUGUGAUAAUCAGGUCCCGCCCAAAACCGGUCACGUACACACUUUUACCCUCUCGCGCGCUGUCCGACUACCCUGCGCCACCUCCUACCCAUUGUGAAGGAUCAUUC